CUUUACUUCUUUAUAGCAAUCAAUUCUCUCUGCAAAUUCUUCAAUCGAUUUCCAUGGUCCCUUCGCUAUCAUCAUUUCUCUCAAGCUUUCACGCUUUCGAAUUAGGGCUAAAUUUCUCUCCUCCUUUUUGGCUAGGGUUUCGUGCUCUUUCCGGUGAGGGUUUCGGGAUCAUUUCUGUUUAGGGUUUCGGUCUCUUAUCUGGUUAGAGUGUCGCUCUCAUUUGUGGUUAAGGUUUUUCUGUCCAUUUUAGAUAGGGUUUUAGCUUCUGUAUAAGUGAAACUUUAUGCUUCUCUGUUUUCAUGGUUCCAUUGUACGAGUUGCUGGGGAUCUGGUUCUUUUAUGGUUACGAUUUGAUUUCACUUAAUUAUAUUGUCAAUUUUCCUUGGGUUUCGAGAGAAUGAGGAUAUUUGAGGAGUUGCACGAGAUAGCUCUUCCUCCUGCAACUCUUUCACCGAGCCAGAUGAAUUCUAGCUCUGAAUCUUCACAAUGGAUUUCGCAGUGCCAUGGAUUGUGGUAUAAUAUAGCUUUAAUUAUACCUGCUUCCCUUUUCCUGCUUUUCUUGCUAUUACAAGCAAGGAAAAGCUUGAAGAAGCUUUCUCAUGGCCGCUCCUACAUUAUGAUUGUCUACUAUGCUCUUCUAUGGCUCGUUGCUGUGCUCAAUCUGUCAUGGUGCCUCCUUCAGUCAUGGCAGUGUGCUCCUGGGAAGGAAUUUGCGUGGAAUCUUUUAUCACUAUUUACUGCAUCGGGCAUGUUAUUCUUGGAAGUUAGCUUGGUUGCAUUUCUACUUCAAGGGAACCAUGUUAGUGGAUUGGAUGCUUUAAUGCGUACACUUAUUAUCUCCGGGAUCAUCAUCGGUGUGGAUUUUUUCAUAAAGGCAGUUUGCAUAUUUGGUUUUGGAUUACCCUUGUUCAUAGACGUCAGUGAUACAGUAAAUCAUCAGAAGUGGGGCUUAUGGGUUGCUCACAGGCUAGUGCUUGCUGCUGUCUAUGGCUUCCUCCUAUUUAUGCAUCACACAAAAUGGAGAGAUAGAUUGCCAGCUAGACCUGCAUUCUAUAACUACAUCUCAGCUAUGUUCACAUUGAAUGCGGUAUCACUCCUUGCGUGUGGGCUUAUUGGAGUUGGUGCUGGAUUAGGAUUUGGACUCUACAAUCUCGUGGCUAUCUGUUAUCACUCACUUUAUCCUCCGCUUUUGUACAUCACGUUUUUGGCAGAUUUCUUCCAGGAGGAAGACCUGCAUUUGGAAGAUGUAUACUAUUCCGAGAUGAAAGAUGCCGGGUUUUUUGAUGCUGAUUGGGAUUGACCUUCAUCUACUCGUUCAUCUACUGUUCUCUCAUCGCUUGUGCAUAGCCAGCCUCGAAUUCUAUUCUUUGGUGAUCUUCACUUCGGGCCUACUUUGUCAAAAAUUUCUUCUUGUGAGCUGUCGUCCAGGAUGGAAAGAUUUUUUGAGCUCACCACAUAAAACCAGUAACAUUACUGAUGGAAAAUUGUGUUACACUGCCAUGAAUUUCAUGUAAGAUGUGUAUCUUAACUAUUGUAUAGAUACUAUAGAGCAGUAAUAAUUAACAACUAUCAUUUGGCUUUGGGCUAUGGAAUAGUGGGUUUUCUUUGAAUUUUUCUGGACAUUCUCUUUUUUCCUUGUUUUCCCAAAAGAUGGCAUUCUGGAUUUAUAUUUGCGGGAUUA